AUGGUGAAAGCUUCCAACUUGCUCUCGGGAGCUCUCUUAAUAGGAAGUGUCUAUGGUCACUCAUACUGGCAGAGCCUUUUCAAGUCGAAUGGGAUUUCAUGGAAUUUCCUCGAACCUUCUUCAAACGAUGAAUUUCAUUACUCACAAUUAGAUUCCGAGGAAUGGCCUAUAAAUGUUGCACAAUACACAGACAUGGUUGUAAGACUAAACUACAGUAAGAAUUCCGAGCUUAGAAAGUUUUUAUUGCUAAACAAGCAUUCCAAGGGACCUCAAGAGCAACUUGAGGUUGAUAAUAUUUCCUACAAGGUGUGGGCUAAAUCAGAAACCAAUCAAUACAUCGAUUUGCAAAUAGACGAGGAGAACCUUUUCAAGAUAGUAGAGAGGUUUUCCACCCGCGAGUAUAAACUUGAAUAUCUGGUGAUUAUCGAGGAUCUUGCACAAAAGGUAUUUGAAUCUUAUCCUAAUGGCUACAAGUCCGGAUCUCAUCUGGAAAAAUUUGGCACUUCUACAGCUUCUUCUUACAUCAAGGAAGUCACCGACGAAGUUGUUCAAGCCACCGAGGCAAACGUCUUUUCUGAGCUUUUUUUCAAGGAUUACAGACCCUUGGAAACUAUUGAUGCUUGGUUAGAUAUUCUUGUACAAACGUUCCCAGAUUUGCUUACAAUUGAAGAGAUUGGCCAAACUUAUGAACACAGAACGUAUAAGACUGUCCACUUGUCAGCCAAAAACGACGACGACAACUCCCAUAAAGAGAAGAAGACUAUUGUGAUUACUGGCGGUGUUCACGCUAGAGAAUGGAUUUCCGUGUCCUCUGUAUGUUACACUAUCUAUGGAAUGCUUCAAUAUUACAUGGAACAUCCAGAUGAAAGAGAUAUCUUAGACCAAUUGGACUUCUUAUUUAUCCCUGUUUUGAAUCCAGAUGGCUAUGUUUACACAUGGACGACUGAUAGGUUGUGGAGAAAGAACCGCCAAGAAACGACAUUCCCUAAAUGUUUUGGUAUUGACAUUGACCAUUCGUAUGACUACCACUGGACUCGCUCUCUGGACUGGGCAUGUGGUGAAGACUACUCAGGUGAAGUUCCAUUUGAAGCCAUAGAAUCUAGGAUUUGGAACGAUUACCUCAACGCAACAAACCACAACCUGAACAUGUAUGGGUACAUUGACUUGCACUCUUAUUCACAAGAAGUGUUGUAUCCUUACGCUUAUUCAUGCAGCCAACAGCCCCGAGAUGAAGAAAAUUUGAUCGAAUUGGCAUACGGGAUUUCAAAGGCAAUUCGGUUGCAAUCGGGGAAAAAUUACCAAGUAUUGCCAGCAUGUAUUGACAAGGAUCUGGAUCUCUUGCCGGACUUGGGCUCAGGCAGUGCCUUGGACUUCAUGUAUCACAAUAAGGCAUUCUGGGCCUAUCAAUUGAAACUCAGAGACAGUGGAAGUCAUGGAUUUUUACUUCCUGGAAAAUAUGUUGAGCCGGUUGGGAAGGAAAUCUUAGCGGGUAUCAGAUACUUCUGCUCUUUUAUUCUCAAGGAAGACUAA